GAGCUCAGGUGAGCUGGCUCCUCCAGUCCUGUCUCAGCGUCUGCCAGCAGAUGAUGACCCACCCGCUCCUCUGGGGCCGGCUGUAGGACGAGACUCUCACCAAAGGACCAAGCGCAUCGAGCAGCAUGGGGCAGUGUCGGUCAGCCAGCGCGGAGGAUGCCCAGGAAUUCAGCGACGUGGAGCGGGCCAUCGAGACCCUGAUCAAGAACUUCCACCAGUAUUCGGUGGAGGGUGGGAAGGAGACGCUGACCCCCUCCGAGCUACAGGACCUGGUCACCCAGCAGCUGCCCCACCUCAUGCCGACCAACUGUGGGCUGGAAGAGAAAAUUGCCAACUUGGGUAGCUGUAGCGACUCUAAACUGGCCUUCGGGAGUUUCUGGGAGCUGAUUGGAGAAGCAGCGAAGAGUGUGAAGCUGGAGAACCCUGUCCGGGGGAGCUGAAAACCUUCCCCUGGAGUUCAGGGGUGGGGGGGGGAUGUUGGGGAAAGGGGACCUUAGAGCCUGUGGGCCUGCAAAUAAAAACUCCUCUCUCCACCACCCCCACAUUGUUCCCCAGCCCUACCUGCCUCACCUCUGCAAGGUUCAGGUUCAUAACGGCCCUUCCUGGGGCCUCCGUGUGCUUCAUCCCUGGGAGCUCCGUGGAGCUUAUGGGUCCAGGGGUCCCCACCAGGGGAAGGCUCAGGGGGUGGCUGGGGCCAGGGACGUUUGUGGAGGGCUACUGGAGGGUUGAGGAUGGUAUAAGGGCCACGUCAUUUAGUAGAGGGGAAGGGCAGAGAGGAGCUGAGCUAUGGGAAAUGAUUUAAAGGGGUUGGGAAUAGGAAUGGAUAUUUGGUACUAAAAAGGGUGUCUAUGAACCUACCCCUCCUAAUGUCUUCCCCAACCCAAACUGUCCAGUGUGGUGCCUCCCUGCCCCCAGGUCUGCCCCAGCCUCCUCUCAGGACUCAGUCUCCCUGGCUUAGGGCAGGGGAAGAGAGAGAGCAGGGUGGGGAGAGGCUGAGGAGGGUGACAUUUGGGAGUGAGAGGACCAGCUGGGUGCUUGGGCAUUUACAGAAUGAUGGUUGUUUUGUAUCAUUUGAUUAAUAAAGAAUAUGGAAAAAAUGAAA